GCAACUGUUUCUCCCACCAUUUAGCAACAUCGAACUUCGGAAAGGCGGGACGGUGGUGAAACCGGUCAAAGUCUGCCCACUGUUAACUGUCUUUCCAAUUCUCAUCGCACGUAUGCGUUCACCAGAAAACCGUUUCUAUAGGGAUUAGUCCACUAGUCGAGGAAUCCUUUGCGGAUAAAUGGUCGCUACCUCCAACCACAAGACGCUCCGAUCCGGGAUCCUUAAGAAAUCAUUGCAUGACCUGCGCAGCCUCGCUAGGCUGGAAUAAUAGCUAGAGUACCGUGCGUGGUACAGUCCGAAGGCGAUAAAUGCCCUUCAAACACCCGUUCAUUAUUCUAUUUCGCCCACCGACAACCUACUAGAUCCGCUUCGCUCAACUCUUCACGACGCCUCACCUCUUCGCACAAGACUCUUUCAGAAUGAGGGCAAUCUACAUGUCUCUUCUCGCAUCCGGCGCAACUGCAUCAAUUACAACCUCCUUCUGGUUUCCCGUCAACCUUGUCGGAACUGAUCGAAUCACUUAUGUCGCUUCAGUUAUUGGCGCCGCAUCGGACCGCAUUACUUUGGCGGCGCAUCCUACCAAUGACCCGGACUACGAAGCUCUGGGUAUCGAUACUACUGGCACACUCACCCUUACCGUUGCCUCGACCCUAUUCGAGCAAUCAGUCCCGGAAAUGACGGGUAUCGCGGGAGGAAAUCCUAAGGAUUUUGGGCAAAGCUACCGAUGCGAGGUGCCGUCCGCCGACGCGACGGCUGCGGCUUGCACGGGAAGUGUUGGACAAGGAAUUGCCCGUUUACAACAUUGUGCAACUCCUCGCAGCGCCCGACAGGCUGAGACUGUGACGAAGGAGUGGACGUUCAGUGACCCGGGAACCCAGGGGGUGGAAACCAUUGUACGGACGUUUCCUCCUUCACCUACAACGCCAGUCCCGGAUUGGUGCUCUGCGAUAUCUGAUUUGACUGGGGGAUCCGUUCCAAGCAGCGUCUUGACCACGACUGCAGAGGUACCAGUCAGCGAGUUUACAACCUUCACGUUUAUCCUUACCGCAGGCGAGGAAAAACUCGUGCCUGCGACAACUGCUGGAGCACCUACUAGCUCGACGCCGGUGCCUACUGGUUCAGCGCCAAAUUCUGGCCGCACGGGAACGUCAUCAUCGACCGCGGGAACUGGAGCAGCUGCGCCGAUGAAAACUGUUGCACCUGCGUUGGCCGCGCUCGGGGCUGCUGUAGCGGGUUUCCUUUAGUAGGGGCUUUCGUUCGAUAGCUCAAUGAUAUGCAAGCAUAAAAUUACCC